AUGUGCAUUGCUAACAGCGGAGCUAUCUCAGCCGAUAGGCUGCUUGUUGUUACACAGAGAUUGCUAUGCACAUUUCUAGCCACUAAAUAAAAUCCAAGCUUCACAAAGUGAUAUUUUGAUUUUAUCAUCCUGUUUAUAUAGCUGUACAAUAUGCCAUCAACUUGUUUGUACUAUUUUCAACAUUACAUGCUUCCAAUCAUCCACUUUCCCAAUUCCUAUCGUCAACUUUCCUCUAUUUUAAAUUUCUCUCUCCUACAACUUCUAUUGACAACAUUUCUUCGCUAUCAACCUCUAUCAACAUUUCUCAACUUUCAAACCCUAUCUUCAACAGUUCUAUACUUUCAAACCCUUCAACAUUUCUCUUUCAACCCGUAUUUUCAACAUUUCUCUACUUUCAACCCAUAUCGUCAACAUUUCACUACUUUCAACCCAUGUCUUCAACAUUUCUCUACUUUCAACCCAUAUCUUCAACAUUUCUCUACUUUUAACCUAUAUCUUCAACAUUUCUCUACUUUCAACUCCUAUCUUCAACAUUUCUUCACCUGCAACUCUCAUCUUCAACAUUUCUCUACUUUCAACCCCUAUCUUCAACAUUUCUCUACUUUCAACCCAUGUCUUCAACAUUUCUCUACUUUCAACCCAUAUCUUCAACAUUUCUCUACUUUCAACUCCUAUCCUCAACAUUUAUCUACUUUCAACCCUAUCUUCAACAUUUAUCUACUUUCAACCCUAUCUUCAACAUUUAUCUACAACAUUUCUCUACUUUCAACCCAUAUCUUCAACAUCUCUCUACCUUCAACCCCUAUCUUCAGCAUUUCACUACUUUCAACCCAUAUUUUCAACAUUUCUCUACUUUCAACUCCUAUCUUCAACAUUUCUCUACUUUCAACCCAUACCUUCAACAUUUCUCCACUUUCAACCCAUAUUUUCAACAUUUCUCUACUUUCAACCCCUAUCUUCAACAUUUCUCUACUUUCAACCCAUACCUUCAACAUUUCUCCACUUUCAACCCAUAUUUUCAACAUUUCUCUACUUUCAACCCCUAUCUUCAACAUUUCUCUACUUUCACCCCAUAUCUUCAACAUUUCUCCACCUGCAACUCCUUUCUUUAGCAUUUCGUCACCUGCAACUCCUAUCUUCAAUAUUUCUUCACCUGCAACUCCUAUCUUCAACAUUUCUCUACUUUCAACCCAUAUCUUCAACAUUUCUUCACCUGCAACUUCUAUGUUGCCCAUUACUCUAGCCAUUAUGUUGUCUUUACUUUCAACCUCUAUCUUCAACAUUUCUCUACUUUCAACCCUAUCCUCAACAUUUCUAUACUUUCAACCCUAUCUUCAACAUUUCUCUACUUUCAACCCUAUCUUCAACAUUUCUCUACUUUCAACUCCAACAUUUCUCUACUUUCAACCCAUGUCUUCAACAUUUCUCCACUUUCAACCCUACCUUCAACAUUUCUCUACUUUCAACCCUAUCUUCAACAUUUCUCUACUUUCAACCCUAUCUUCAACAUUUCUCUACUUUCAACCCUAUCUUCAACAUUUAUCUUCAACAUUUCUUCACCUGCAACUCUCAUCUUCAACAUUUCACUACUUUCAACCCAUGUCUUCAACAUUUCUCCACUUUCAACCCUAUCUUCAACAUUUGUCUACUUUCAACCCUAUCUUCAACAUUUCUCUACUUUCAACUCCUAUCCUCAACGUUUCUCUACUUUCAACCCUAUCCUCAACAUUUCUAUACUUUCAACCCUAUCUUCAACAUUUCUCUACUUUCAACUCCUAUCCUCAACAUUUCUCUACUUUCAACCCUAUCUUCAACAUUUCUAUAUACUUUCAACCCUAUCUUCAACAUUUCUAUAUACUUUCAACCCUAUCUUCAACAUUUCUCUACUUUCAAACCAUAUCUUCAACAUUUCUCUACCUUCAACCCCUAUCUUCAACAUUUCUCUACUUUCAACUCCUAUCUUCAACAUUUAUCUACUUUCAACCCAUAUCUUCAACAUUUCUUCACUUUCAACCCCUAUCUUCAACAUUUCUCUACUUUCACCCCAUAUCUUCAACAUUUAUCCACUUUCAACCCUAUCUUCAACAUUUUUUCAACAUUUCUUCACCUGCAACAUUUCUCUACUUUCAACCCAUAUCUUCAACAUUUCUUCACUUUCAACCCCUAUCUUCAACAUUUCUCUACUUUCACCCCAUAUCUUCAACAUUUAUCCACUUUCAACCCUAUCUUCAACAUUUUUCAACAUUUCUUCACCUGCAACAUUUCUCUUACUUUUCAACCCAUAUCUUCAACAUUUCUAUAUACUUUCAACUCCUAUCCUCAACAUUUCUAUAUACUUUCAACCCUAUCUUCAACAUUUCUCUACUUUCAACCCAUAUUUUCAACAUUUCUCUACUUUCAACCCAUAUAUUCAACAUUUCUCCACUUUCAACUCCUAUCUUCAACAUUUCUCCACUUUCAACUCCUAUCCUCAACAUUUCAUUACUUUAAACCCAUAUUUUCAACAUUUCUCUACUUUCAAUCCCUAUCUUCAACAUUUCACUACUUUCAACCCUUGUCUUCAACAUUUCUCCACUUUCAACCCUAUCUUCAACAUUUCUCUACUUUUCAACCCAUAUCUUCAACAUUUCUCUACUUUCAACUCCUAUCUUCAACAUUUCUAUAUACUUUCAACCCAUAUCUUAAACAUUUCUUCACUUUCAACCCAUAUUUUCAACAUUUCUCCACUUUCAACUCCUAUCUUCAACAUUUCUCCACUUUCAACUCCUAUCUUCAACAUUUCUCCACUUUCAACUCCUAUCCUCAACAUUUCAUUACUUUAAACCCAUAUUUUCAACAUUUCUCUACUUUCAAUCCCUAUCUUCAACAUUUCACUACUUUCAACCCUUGUCUUCAACAUUUCUCCACUUUCAACCCUAUCUUCAACAUUUCUCUACUUUUCAACCCAUAUCUUCAACAUUUCUAUAUACU